AUAUCACCAGAGCAAUAAGAAGGUAUGAAAGGAUAUUUUCUUUCUAGAAAACACCUGUCUAGUUGAAGCAAAGAUUCCCUAAUCACAAAAUCAGAAGAGCAGGAGAUAUGGGAGACAACAAACCCGGAGGAAUAGUAGCAGCUGCAAAGAACCGGCUGCAAGUGGUGAAGGAUUUGCAGGAUGUGGAGGUAUCUGAGUGUGAGAGCUGCUCCUUUGAGGUGACCCUCAACCUGGCUUACAUCGAGGGUAUGUGGACCAGGGAUGGAACGCAGCUCAAGUCCAAGCCCAACUGUCGCAUCAGCAUGCAUGGGAAGAAACACUCCCUGACACUGAACAGGGUGGCUCUGGGAGAUGCCGGCCUGUUCUCUUUUGAGGCUAAUGGUGUUCAGACCUCAGGCUUGCUCAGUGUCAGAGCUAGGGACAUCUGCAUAGUGAAGGAGAUGGAGGAUGUUGACACAAUGGAGCGUCAGCCUGUGAACUUCCUGUGUGAGGUGAAUCAGGUGGACGUGGAUGGUCGGUGGUACAGAGAUGACUGCAGGAUUCGGCCUGGAGAAAACAUCAAGAUCAGACAUCAGGGUAAAACUCACACCCUGUUCUUCAAGUCAGUCAGGCCAGAGCAUGCUGGAGAGAUCAGAUUCACCGCAGAGCGUGUGUCAUCCUAUGCAACUCUCACAGUAAAAGAGCUCCCGGUCCAAAUAGUGCGCCCUCUGAGGGUCAAAAUAGCCAUGUAUCACCACCGGGGUCUGCUGGAGUGCCAGGUGUCACGGCCUAAUGCUCAGGUCAGGUGGUACAAGAACAGGAGGGAGCUCCUGCCCAGUAAGAAGUACCAGCUAAUCAGCCAAGAUGUCUACAGGCAACUCACCAUCGAUGACGUUUGCUCAUCAGAUGAGGACACCUACACCUGUGAUGCAGGAGAUGACAAAACCUCAUGUCAGCUCCUGGUGGAGGAGCAGGCUAUCAGCAUAGUGCGGGGAAUGAGCUCAGUGGAGGUGAUGGAGCCAGAGCCAGCACUGUUCCAGGUGGAGACCAGCCUGAAGUCAGGGAGGCCUCCAAGGUGGACCCUGAACAGUGAGGUGCUGGAGCCAUGCGCAGCGGUGAACAUCAACAGGGAGGGCACCGUCCACAGCCUCUGUCUCACCUCCACAGACAGCUCCAUGUCUGGUCCUGUGGUUUUUGUGGCUGGCAAGAGUCGCUCCACUGCUCAGCUUACUGUGAAAGAGCGACCUCUUCAGGUUUUUCACCACUUGGAAGAUGUGGAGGCGAAGGAGAACAGCUCUGUGACUCUGAGCUGUCAGUUUGCCCCUUCUCCUAGGGUGGUGCGGUGGUUUAAAGGUCGCACUGCUCUGAAGACCUCAAACAAGUACAGCAUGAAGAGAGAGGGUAAACGAGCCCAGCUGACCAUUCAUGGCUUGAUAGGAAUGGAUGCAGGGCAGUAUCGUUGUAUGGCUGGAGGUUCACAGAGCGCUGCACAUGUUAAAGUAGAAGUGCGAACACUCAAGUUGGUCAAACACCUUGAGCCAGUGGAAAUUGAGGAGGGCGGCAUCGCCACUUUCUCAUGUGAGCUCAACUAUGUGGUCGCCAACGUGGAGUGGCUUCUCAACAAUGUCCGCCUCUAUUCCAGUGCCAUCAACAGGAUCCAGCACAUGGGCACCAUGCACAGCCUUGCAAUCAAGAAAUUGCGGCCACAGGAGAGCAGGGUCACCUUCAAAGCAGGCCUUCUCUCUGAGACUACAACCUUAAAGGUCAAAGAGCGUCCAGCAGUGUUUCUGAAGUCUCUGGAGGAUGCAGUAGGAGAAGAGCAAGGGGAAGUCUGCCUGCAGUGUGAAAUUUCCAAAGAGACAGUGACCCCUGUUUGGAGAAAGGAUGGCUUGGUCCUGACAGCUGAUGAUAAACAUGAACUACUCCAGUUUGGGAAGUCCAUGGCUCUGAUCAUCCAUUCACUGAGCAAAGACGACGCUGGAGAGUACACCUGUGACCUGGGCACCAGCCAGACCAAGGCUAAAGUAACAGUACAUGACUUACACAUCACCAUUGUUCAGCGUAUGAAGACCACCUCUGUCCUGGAGGGCGAAAGGUGCACUUUUGAGUGUCUCCUCUCUCACAACGUCGAUGAUGAGCCUUCCUGGACAAUCAAUGGCCAGGUGGUGGUCAGUAAUAGCCGGAUCCAGGUUAUCAACAAUGGACGCAAGUAUAAGAUGACCAUCAGAGAUGCCAUAAUUACUGACGCUGGAGACGUGGUCUUCACAAUUAAUGACCUCAGUUGUAGGACCAUGCUUUUUGUCAAUGAGAAACCGGUACAUAUCUUCAGGGACCUGCUGAAUGUCAAGGCGGUGCCAGGCGAGGACGCCGAGCUGAGCUGUGAAAUCACCAAACCAGAGGUCACCAUCCGUUGGCUGAAAAAUGGCCAUCCGAUCAAGCAGAGCCCUAAGUAUGAGAUGACCGUGGAGAAGAACUUGGCACGGCUGGUGAUCAAGAACACCACCAUCAAAGACUCUGGGGAGUACUGCUGUGAGGCCGAAGGCGUUGCCUCCCGUGCCAAGCUGGAGAUCAGAGAACUCCAGCAGACAUUUGCAAGGGAGCUGAGGGACACAAAAGCAGAGGAAAAGGGUAAAGUGACCCUGGAGUGUGAGACCAGGCGACCAGCCAAGCGUGUGACCUGGCUGAAGGGAAUGGUGGAACUGAGGUCUGGUAGGAAGUACGUCAUCAGGCAGAAGGGCGUGGUGUUAUCCCUGACCAUCACCUGUCUGGAGAAAUCAGACACGGACAUUUACACAUGUGAUGUUGGUACCAUGCAGAGUCGGGCACAGCUGACCGUGCAGGGCCAGAGAGUGUUGAUCCUGGAUGAAUUAGAGGAUGUUGAGUGUCUAGAAGGUGACACGGUCACAUUCAGAUGUCGGAUCUGUCCCAGUGACUACAUCGGGGUCAAGUGGUACCUGGAUGAGACUCUGCUCUACACCAAUGAACUGAAUGAGAUCCAGAUGCUGCCUGGAAGUUACCACACCCUCACAUUUAAACAGCUUGCCCGCAAAGACACUGGCACUAUUUCAUUUGCAGCAGGGGACAAGAGAUCGUAUGCCUCACUGCUGGUUAGAGAGAGGCGUCCCACCAUCAUUAAAGCACUGGAGGACUGUGAAGCUAUUGAAGGAGGUGGUUUGGUCUUGUCCUGUGUGGCCUCCAAGCCAUGUCACAUCCUCUGGUACAAAGAUGGCUGCCUGAUGUGGAGCUCCUCCAGAUAUUCUACCAGUCGUUCUGGCUGUGAGGCUCGACUGACGAUUCGGGAGGUCUGCAACAAUGAUGCUGGGGUGUAUGAGUGCAGUGCUGGAUCUGUUACAACUAGGGCUGUUGUAACUGUCAAAGCCAUCCCAGCGGAGUUCAUCCAGCCUCUAAAGACUGUGGAGGCCAAAGAAGGAGACACUGUGACAUUGACCUGUGAGUAUUCUUUGCCUGGGGUCCAGUUCCACUGGAGGAAAGGUUUCGAGAGUAUCAGGCCUGGAGACAAGUACGUGAUGAAACAGAGAAAAACAAUUAUCUCUCUAACUAUCAAAACCCUGAAGCCUGAGGACUCAGGAGAAUAUACCUGCCAGUGCCGAGAUCACCACACAACAGCAAGCCUCAAAGUGCACGCGAUUCCUAUUUCAUUCAUACAACAACUAAAGGACAUGCAAGCAGAGGAGGGCAGCAAUGUCAUAUUGCGCUGUGUGCUAUCCAAACCUGGAAUACCAGUAGAAUGGAGGAAAGGACAUGAGAUGUUGAAGAAUGGGGUCAAGUACCAGAUAAGGAAAAGGGAGACCACAUUGGAGCUUCUGAUAUGGAAGCCUGUGCCUGAGGACAGUGGGGUCUACAGCUGUGUAUGUGCUGAUCAGAUGACAUCUGCCACUGUGAAAAUCACUGCUCUCCCAGUCACCUUCAAGCAGAAGCUGAGGAAUGUGCUGAUUGAGGAGGGCAACACUGCGACUUUACGCUGUGAGCUGUCUAAAUCUGGUCAUACUGUGGAGUGGAGGAAGAGGGGGAAUGAACUCAUCAGGAAUGGAGAGAAAUAUCAUAUGCGGCAGAGAGACAUGCUGAUUGAAUUGAGGAUCUUUGAUGUGACACCUGAGGACAGCAAUAUCUACACAUGCAUCUGUGGAAGUGGAAGCAUAGAGACCACAGCAACUCUAACUGUAAAUGCUCUUCCCAUCACCUUCAAGCAAAAGCUGAAGAAUCUCCAAGUUGAGGAGGGACACAACAUCACAUUGUAUUGUGAGAUCUCUAAACCUGGAGUCCCAGUGGAGUGGAGACUCGGAGGAGAUCUGUUGGAGAACGGAGAGAAGUACCAGAUUAAGCAGAGGGACUCUGCUCUGGAGUUGACCAUUAGAGAUGCUGUGCCAGAGGACAGUGGCGUCUACACCUGUGUGUGUAGAGAGCAGAGGACAAAGGCCACUGUUAAAGUUAUUGCGGUUCCUGCCACAUUUAAAGUGAGCCUGAAGAGUCAGGUGGCUGAAGAAGGGAACAGUGUGACUUUACGCUGUGAGCUGUCAAAGAAGGGAGUCGCGUUGGAGUGGCGGAAAGAGGGUCAGGUGCUUUCCGAGGAGAUGUCUCGAGGAAAGUAUCAGAUGAAAGUAGAAGGAAAGACAGCUCUGCUGACAAUUAUCAGUGUCCAACCAGAAGAUGCAGGGAAGUACAGCUGCAUCACAGGAGAUGAGAAAACCACAGCUGAAAUCAAAGUGAAACCACUUCCUGUGACAUUCAAACGGGAAGUCCAGCGCCUGGUGGUGAAGGAAGGUGACAGCGCAGUUUUCAGCUGUGAGCUCUCCAAACCUGGAGCUCCGGUGGAGUGGAGGAAAGGCAGAGUCGUCCUGAAGCCUGGAGAGAAAUAUGAUAUGAAGCAGGAUGGACGUCUGACUAAACUGGUUAUCAACAACAUAGAGGAGAGCGAUGCCGGGAAAUACACCUGCAAGACUAAAGACUGCCAAUCAACUGCUGAGCUCACUGUCCAAGGCUUACCACCAAGUUUCAAGCUGCCUCUAGUUAACCAGGAGGUGACCGAGGGCAACAGUGUUGUUCUGCGCUGUGAGCUCAAUAAACCUGCCCCAUCGGUGGGGUGGAGGAGAGGAGGUGAGCUGCUGAAGAAUGGAGACAAGUAUCAGAUGAGGAAGAAGGACCUCCAGGUGGAGAUGAAGAUUGUGGACCUCGGUCUGGAUGACACUGGAGAUUAUACCUGUAUAUGUGGAGAACAGAGGACAACAGCUAGGAUCAUGGUGAAUGAACGGCCCAUCAAAUUCCUGCAAGAACUGAAAAAUAUACAGGUGCAGGAAGGCAAUGGGGUGACACUCUGCUGUGAGCUCUCCAAACCUGGCAUUCCUGUGCAGUGGAAGAAAGGAGAUAGUGUGUUGACCAAUGGAGAGAAACACCAGAUGAAGCAGAACGGCUCCACACUGGAGCUCCUCAUCAGGAAGAGCCAGCCCGAGGACAGUGGCACAUACAGCUGUGUUUGUGAAGACAUAAAAACUACUGCCACCAUCAUCAUCACUGCGAUCCCAGUGACUUUCAAGCAGAAGCUGAAGAACCAGGAAGCUGUGGAGGAGGGCAGCGUGACCCUGCGCUGUGAGCUUUCUAAGCCAGGAGUCCCAGUGGAGUGGAGGAGAGAUGCUCAACUUCUGAAGGAGGGAGAAAAAUAUCAGAUGAAGCAAGAGGGCAGGGUGGCUGAGAUGCUGAUUAGGAAUUUAAGUCUCACAGAUGCUGGGGAGUACUGCUGUUUUGUUGGCACUGUUGUUACCUCAGCUGACAUCAAAGUAAGAGCGCUUCCUGUAACAUUUAAACAAGAGGUUGAGAAUUUGGAAGUGAAGGAAGGGGACAGUGGAGUUUUCUGCUGUGAGCUCUCCAAACCUGGAGCUCCAGUGGACUGGAGGAGAGGCAGAGUCAUCCUCAAACCCGGAUACAAAUACGAGAUGAAGCAGGAGGAACGUCUCACAAAACUGAUCAUCAACAACGUGGAGGAGAGCGAUGCUGGAAAAUACACCUGCAAAACUAAAGACUGCCAAUCAACUGCUGAGCUCACCGUCAAGGCUCCUCCCGUCACGUUCAAGAUGAAGUUAAGGAACCUGCAGGUGGAGGAGGAGAACAGUGUGACAUUGAGCUGUGAGUUAUCUAAGCCUGGCCUUGCUGUGGAGUGGAGGAAAGGGGAAGAGCUUCUGAAGAAUAAUUUCAAGUACCAGAUAAAAAGUCGAAACAACAUCAUGGAGCUGACCAUCAAAAACGCACAGCUGGAGGACAGUGGACUCUACAGCUGUAUCUAUGGUGAUGCAAAAACCACAGCCAGCGUCACCAUCACACCUAUUCCCCUCACCUUUAAAACGGGUCUGAAGAACCAGGAGGCCCCUGAAGGAGGCAACGUGUCCCUUCGCUGUGAACUGUCCAGGGCUGGGGUGCCCGUGCAGUGGUGGAAGGCAGAGGACCAGCUCUAUCCUGGAGGAAGGUAUCAGAUGAUGCUGAAAGGGAAGAUAGCUGAGAUGCACAUCAAAAACAUACAGCCAGAGGAUGUUGGAGAGUACAGCUGUGUCUUUGGAGAGCAGAAGACAACAGCUGAAGUAAACGUGAGAGCUGCAGCAUCAGUGUUCUUUGAGAAGGAACUCGAGAACCAAGCGGUAAUGGAGGGGAAAUCUGUUCUACUGUCCUGCCAAGUUUCCAGUGCUAAUGUCCCUGUCACUUGGAAGAAAGACAACGUUGUGGUGGAAGAAGGAGGGCGAUGCAUUUUGAAGAAGAAAGGCCCCACGCACUCUCUGGAGAUCAAAAAACUGCUUCUGGAGGAUGCCGGAGAGUACUGCUGUAUCACCAGGGGCAAAAAGACCACCGCCAAGCUGACUGUGAGGGAGCGCGUGCGGAUUGUCACAGAGCUGCAGGACAUAACAGUGACAGCAGGAGAGGAUGCAGUGUUUGUUUGUGAGCUGAGCCAUGCUGAUGUGAGUGAAGGUGCCUGGUGGCUCGGUUCUAGCCCUCUGCAGAGGAACGAGAUGAACCAGAUGACAUGUCAGGGUCGCCAGCACCGACUGGUCCUCACCAUGACAACACCUGAGGAGACGGGCACCGUGGCAUUUGUGAUUGGGGAUGAGAGGACCUCUGCAUGUCUGCUAGUGAUUCCUAAGCCUAAAGUUUUAUUUGAGGAGAAGCCUAAAGACGUUGUGAUCAUGGAGGGAGAAACAGCCACUUUAUCCUGCACGAUCUCUGACUUUACCUCCCCGGUUACCUGGAGACGUAACCAUAUUCCCCUUCGCAACGGUGAUAAAUAUGAGCUGCGUAAGGAGGGAAAAGUCAACCUGCUGCUUAUCCAUGAUGUGGAACCCCUGGACACUGGCAUAUACUCCUGUGAUACAGGAGAUAUGCAGAGCAGCUCCAAACUUACUGUAACAGAGCUUCCUCCAUUCUUCCAGGAAGAACUGCAGAGUGUGGAAGCUGAGGAGGGAGGUUCUGCCUCUCUGUACUGUGAGCUGUCUAAACUUGGAGUGCCGAUUCAAUGGAAGAAGAACAGACUGCCACUAAGAGCCAGCAGGAAGUAUGAGAUGAGGCAGGAUGGCUGCUUCCUCCAGCUUCACAUCAAGGAGCUCAAAGUUGAGGAUAGUGGCAGCUACACAUGUCAAGCAGGAAGUGCUGAGACCACUGCAACUGUGACAGUGAAAGAGCUCCCUCCAUUCUUCAAGAAAGGAUUGAGAAGUGUGGAGGUUGAGGAGGGACGAGCAGUCUCCCUGUCCUGUGAGCUGUCUAAACCUGAAGUGUCAGUGCAAUGGAAGAAGAACAGACUACCUCUGAGAGCCUGCAGGAAGUAUGAGAUAGAACAAGAUGGCUGCCUCCUUUAUCUCCAUAUCAAUGAUCUCAAACCUGAGGACAGUGGUAGCUACACAUGUCAAGCAGGAAGUGCAGAGACCACUGCAACUGUGACAGUGGAAGAGCUCCCGCCAUUUUUCAAAGGGGAAUUGCAGAAUGUGAAGGCAGAAGAGGGAGGGUCAGCCUCUCUGUGCUGUGAACUCUCCAAACCUGGGUUGUCAGUGCAAUGGAAGAAGGACAAGCUUCCUCUAAGACCCAGCAGCAAGUAUGAGAUGAAGCAGGAUGGUUGCUUCCUCCAGCUGCACAUCAAAGACCUCAAACCUGAGGACAGUGGCAACUACACAUGUCAAGCAGGAAGUGCAGAGACCACUACAACCAUGGCAGUGAAAGAGCUCCCGCCAUUUUUCAAAGGGGAAUUGCAGAAUUUGAAGGCAGAAGAGGGAGGGUCAGCCUCCCUGUGCUGUGAACUCUCCAAACCGGGGCUGUCAGUGCAAUGGAAGAAGAACAAGCUGCUUCUAAGACCCAGCAGCAAGUAUGAGAUGAAGCAGGAUGGCUGCCUCCUCCAGCUCCACAUCAAGGAGGUCAAACCUGAGGAUAGUGGCAGCUACACAUGUCAAGCAGGAAGUGCUGAGACCACUGCAACUGUGUCAGUGAAAGAGUUCCUGCCAUUCUUCAAACAAAAAAUGCAGAAUGUGGAGGCUGAGGAGGGAGCUACAGCCUCCCUGUCCUGUGAACUGUCUAAGCCUGGAGUCUCCGUGCAGUGGAAGAAGAACAAGCUGCCACUGAGAGCAAACAGGAAGUAUGAGAUGAAACAAGAUGGCUGCCUCCUCCAGUUGCACAUCAAGGAGCUCAAACCUGAGGACAGUGGCAGCUACACAUGUCAAGCAGGAAGUGCGGAGACCACUGCAACUGUGACUGUGGAGGAACUUGCUCCAUUCUUCAACAAAGAAUUGCAGAGAAGUGUAGAGAGUGAAGAGGGAGCUACAGCCUCUUUGUACUGUGAGCUGUCGAAACCUGGAGUGCCAGUUCAGUGGAAGAAGAAUAGACUGCCACUGAGAGCCAGCAGGAAGUAUGAGAUGAAACAAGAUGGCUGCCUCCUCCAGCUGCACAUCAAGGAGCUCAAAGUGGAGGACAGUGGCAGCUACACAUGUCAAGCAGGAAGUGCAGAGACUACUGCAACUUUGGCAGUGAAAGAGCUCACUCCAUUCUUCCACAAGGACUUACAAAAUGUGGAGGCUGAGGAGGGAGGUACAGCCUACCUGUACUGUGAGCUGUCUAAGCCUGGAGUGUCAGUGCAGUGGAAGAGGAACAGACUACCUCUGAGAGCCAGCAGGAAGUACGAGAUGAAACAAGAUGGCUGCCUCCUUCAUCUCCGCAUCAAGGAGCUUAAACCUGAGGACAGCGGCAGCUACACAUGUCAAGCAGAAAGUGUAGAGACCACUGCAACUGUGAUGGUGAAAGAGCUCACUCCGUUCUUUAAGAAGGACUUACAGAGUAUAGAGGCUGAGGAGGGAGGUACAGUCUCCUUGUCCUGUGAGGUGUCUAAACCUGGGUUGUCAGUACAAUGGAAGAAAAACAGACUGCCACUGAGAGCCAGCAGGAAGUACGAGAUGAAGCAGAAUGGCUGCAUCCUUCAGCUCCACAUCGAGGGGCUCAGACCUGAGGACAGUGGCAGCUACACAUGUCAAGCAGGAAGUGCAGAGACCACUGCAACUGUGACAGUGAAAGAAGUCACUCCAUUCUUUAAUAAAGAGUUACAAAAUGUGGAAGCUGAAGAGGGAGGUAUAGCCAUCUUGCACUGUGAGGUGUCCAAAUCUGGGCUGACAGUGCAAUGGAAGAAGAACAAGCUGUCUCUAAGACCCAGCAGGAAGUAUGAGAUGAAGCAGGACGGCUGCCUCCUCCAGCUUCACAUCAAGGAGCUCAAACCUGAGGACAGCGGCAGCUACACAUGUCAAGCAGGAAGUACAGAGACCACAGCAACUGUGGAAGUGAAAGCACUGCAAUCUACUCCGCCAAAUGCAGAGCCUCCCACAAUAUUACCUAGAGUAAAGGGCACUGUUUCCAGAACAACUCCUGCUCUUGAGAAUGAGAAACCUGGCCUCACAGAGGCCAAACCUGUUCCUCCAGAACCCAAAAAGAGAUCUCAUAGGAAAGCAUCUAUUACAAACUCAGAUAAAGAUGUGGAGCCAGUGUUGGAUCUAAAACAAUCUAUGAUGAAGGAGAGCAACGAAAACCAAAAGGGAAUCCAACCUGUAAAGCCUAUGGAGAAAUAUGUUGAUGUUGUACAGAAUAUAACAGAAAUGGAGAGGAAUAAAGAGGAAGAGAGUGAGGUGUACAAGACGGCUGAAAAGUCAGUGAGAUUACUGGAGAAGAGUGACAGGAUUGACUGGAAGGUCAAAGAGCCAGGUAUGUCUUUGGAAACAGAAAGUGAAGCUUUCUUGGAGAAGAGAGAACCAGGAAGGAACUUAGAAGAAUUCGUUAAAGCUGACCUUAAAGUAAGUCAGUCAGAGAAGAUUCUGGGUGACACUGUGGUAGAACAAAAGAAACAGACAUUAAUUUGUCUAGAAAAGGAAAAUGAAGUUGAACACAGCUUAAAACAACAAAGAAAGCUUUUAGAGAAAAAGAGUGAAAUUGAGGAGAAGGUAAAACAAGCAGGAACACUCCUGUGGAAGAACAGUGAAGAUGAAAAACAGCCUGUCAAACCACUAGAAAAGUUCGUUGGAAAAGACAUAAUAAAGGAACAAGAUGCAAAGUCUGCAAUAAAGGAAGGUGCAGUAGACAAGACAGCGGAGGAGCCUUUAAAACCACCAGUAAGAUCAAAAGGAAAGACAAUAGAGAUAAAGGAACCAAUCAAAUACAUUUUAAAAGAAACUGAGGAGUUAAUUCCCCAAGCAUUAAAGACCACCGUAAAUGAUUCAGAGCAAGACCAUAAACAGAGAGACCAUGUGAAACAAGUGUCAACAGAGGCAGAGAGAGACCAAAAGCCAUUGAAGCAAGUGCUGCCUGUAAAUCACCUGGAUAAACAGUCAGUAGAACAACCAGAAAAGCCUUCAGAAACAGAGGCUGAAUUUGCCCCUCCAAAACCACCAGUGAGGAUAAAAAGCAAACCAAAGGUGGGAAUGGAAAAACAAUUAUCGAGGGACAUGGAGACAGAUCAAGAUGGACAAGAGCCGACAGUCAGUGCUGUGAAAACAAUGGAUGAUCAGCCAGUAAAACAGUCAACGAGGCCGGUGGAAAAAGAGGCUAAAGAGAAACCCAGAUUUGAGAGGAAACCAUCGGUAACAACAGACAUUGAGAUAUCUGAGAAAAUAAGGCAGCCUGUGAAAGCUGCAGAGAAAGACGUAAACACCAAACAGCCGAUCAAACAACCAGUAAAACCCAUGAGAAAAGAACCUGGAGUUGACCAGGAAAUUAAAGUGGCAGUCGAGCCAAUGAGAAGGCAGGAAGAAAAAGAGACAAUGAAGAUGACAGAAGAUGUUCCUCUUCUCUAUAUUUCUGAAGAUGAAACUUUCUCAGAGGCUUUGACUGAGAUACCGGUGGAUAACAGCAAAGUCCUGCCCACUGGCUCUUUUAUUGAGGGAUCAACUCUACCCUCUAGUCUUCCUCCGGUUAAUGUACCCCAGAAGAUACAAUCAUCCGAGAAUGCUCCUCCAGAGAUUGACAUUAGCACUGAGGAUGAAUCACAAAUGCAAGAGGCUGCAGUAAAGAUCCAGGCUGCCUUUAAAGGCUACAGAGCUCGCAAGGACAUGCGACCUGUCUUUAAAGAGGUGUUUAAGAACCAGAGUGCAGAUCUUCAUGGUACAAUCACUCUAGCGUGUGUUGUAGAAGGAAAACCCAGCACAGUGCGCUGGCUGAAAAAUGGCCAGCAAAUCACUAAUGAUCCACGCCGCCGUAUUGAGACCACAGAGAAUGGCGUGUGCACACUGGUAAUCAAAAACUUGACCACCAGUGACGGUGGUAUCUAUACCUGUGAGGUGGUGAAUAAGUUUGGUGUGACCUCCUACAAUGGAAACAUAACAGUAGUACAACCUCAGCAGCCUGCUUCUAUACCCCAGAAGCCAGUACACCCACCCCUUGCAGCCAUAACUCCUCUGCAACUUGCCCCUCCGAAGCCUGAGGUCCAGCCCAAAACACAGACUCAGAAUCUGCCUCAGACUCAAGCACAGAUUGUCACUAAAGCUACAGAUGCUGCAAACUAUGUAGAAAGUGUGAGCAUCUCUCUGUGGGAGGCCUACAACCUGACGGAGCAGGAUACACAAAUGAGUCUACAAGAGAGGAGACGAUCAUCUCUCAUUGCUGCCAGCUCCAUGUCAAGUCCCUCUGAUUAUGACACAGCUCCUGAUAUGAUGGAACCAGUUGAAAGUGGCCCAGCUGUACCAAGGGAAGUAGCAAAACAAGAAGAGCAAGUAUCUCCUCCGAAGGAAGAUAAAGAAGAGAUAGCUGGUUCACAACCUCCUAAGAAACUAUUGAAGGUCAAAGGGGCUCAUGAAGGCAGAAUGAGGACGCCAUCGCCAAAACACCAUCUUGCCCACACACCCUUAGCUAGUACCGUCUCUGGAUCAGAGUCAGAAGGGGAAGAGGACAGACGAGAGACAUUUGAAAUUUAUGUGGCUCGAGCUGACUGCAGUCCUAAUGGCGGAAAUAAGGACAGCUUUGUUCUAAAGGAGGGCCAGUUUGUAGAGGUGCUGGAUUCGGUUCAUCCCGACAGAUGGCUGGUGAGGACCAAACCUACCAAAACCAACCCUGCUCGACAGGGAUGGGUGUGUCCAGCCUAUCUGGAGAAGAAGAGAAAGGAGACCUUCCCACAAAUAAGAGCGCCUCAAGAGGAUCUUGAUGGAAUAGGGUCUACAGGAGAAGAGUACAGGAGAGCUCUGAGCCAACUGGUCCAAGGCCUGAUUGAUGGAGAGGAGGAGUUUGUGAAGGAGAUGAAGAUGUUCACCUCUCACCAGCUAAAUCAUCUGGACUCUAGUCGCCACGUCCCCAUCAACAUCCUCAACCAGAAAGAGAUCAUUUUCAGGAAUAUUAAGGACAUUGUGUUUCUGCAUGAGAGGUCCAUCCUUCCUGGUCUGAGAGACUGUGCCACCGACGAUGAUGUGGCCAUGCAUCUGAUCAAGCACACUGAAAACUUUGAAAAGUAUCUUCACUACAUGGCUGGACAAGCACAAGCAGAAGCCUGCGUCACUGACAAGGCUACCCAACAGUAUUUCAAAGAGUUAACAGAAUCUGGUAAGCCUGACGCACCUGUCAUGGAUGUCCUUACCUUCCUCCAGCGACCAGUGGAGAGGAUUCAAACCUACCAGGCUUUACUGAAGGAGUUAAUCAAGAACAAAGCCAAAAGUGGACAGAGCUGCUGUCUGUUAGAGGAUGCCUUCUCUAUGGUGUCCUGUCUACCCUGGAGAUCUGACAACCUGCACCAGGUGUCCCUCAUCGAGAACUACCCAGCUCCUCUGACUGCCCUGGGUGAGCCAGUGCGACAGGGAGUCUUCACAGUGUGGGAGGAAUCUCCAGAAAUUAAGACCGCCUCCAGAGGGCAUCAGAGACAAGUCUUUCUCUUCAAGGAAUGUAUUGUACUGUGUAAAGUGAAAAGAGACACACGCAUGAACAGUGACACCUACACCUUCAAGAACAAAAUGAAGCUGAAUGAUGUGGAAAUAAAAGAGACUGUGGGUGGAGAUGAAAAGUCUUGGGGAUUGUGGCAUGAGCACAGGGGCUCAGUGCGGAGGUACACACUGCAGGGCCGCUCCACACUGGCUAAACUCCCCUGGCUCAAGGACCUGAAGGAUCUCCAGCAACGCUCCAGUCUGCCCACUAACAGCCCUCCAGUGUUUGGGUCACUGUUGUCUGACUGCACAACAAAGAUAGGACAGACAAUUAAAUUGGCAUGCAAGGUCACAGGAUCACCCAAACCAGUGGUCAGCUGGCUCAAAGAUGGCCUUCCUCUGGAGGACGACCCCCGUCACAUCAUCACAGCAGACCGGUCCGGCACCUGCAGUCUCAUCCUGGACAGUCUCACUGUGGAGGACUCUGGACAGUAUAUGUGCUAUGCUACUAGUUCCAUGGGCACUGCUGGUACUCUGGCUAAGGUUGCGGUGCAGGCUCCACCGAGAUUUGUGAGUCGGCUGGAGAGUGCUUGUUUAAUAGAAGGAGAGGAUAUCCAAUUCACGUGUUCCACCCUCAGUACUCCUUUACCACGAGUCAGGUGGUUGAAAGAUGGCAGAGAGUUGACUGACCAACAGAAAUAUUUGAUCCUGAAUGAUGCUCGGAGUGGAAUCCUGUGUCUGACGGUCAUCAGUGCAACAGAAGCAGAUAUUGGACAGUAUGAGUGUGAGCUUUGGAAUGAGUUUGGCUGUGUCAAGUGCAAGGCGGGUCUAUGCCCUGCUUAUGUACCACCGACUGACAUCGAGAGCAACCAACCCCAGGACUUACCUCCUAAAGACGCAGAUUCGGAGGGCUGGUCCACUGCCUUUGUGAAGAAAUGGUUACAGACUGAUUUCAGCCCCACUUCCAUUGCCAAGAUGCUUUUCCCUCCUGGAUACUCUGAGCAAGGAGAGUGUAGCACUGAAGAGGCUGUUCCUCCCUCAACAUCCACGGAUCAGUUGGCUCAGAAGCCUCUGUGUUACCUGGAGGAAGUGGAGGAGGAGAUUUACAUCUCAGAAACAAUGCAGGAAAUUACAGAUGCUCCUCCCUCCAUCCAGGUGCCCACUGAAGACCUGUGUGUAGAGCCUGGCCAACCAGCUACAUUUACUGCCAUCAUCACAGGAAGACCUACUCCCAAGAUACUGUGGUACAAGGAUGAAGAGGAGCUUGCAGCCGGUGGGAAUGUGGAGAUAGGACAGCAUGGUGCCCGCUGCUCAGUGACCAUAGUGUGCUCCGAGGGUGAAGACAGCGGCAUAUACACCUGCUUCGCCUACAAUGACUUGGGCCAUGCCUCAUGCCAGGCUCAGCUCACAGUGGAAGAAGGUCCACUGGAGUGUCAGGAGAGAGAGGUGGAGCUGGGGAAGAGAAGGAAAUUAUUUUCUGUCUAUGAUGUUCAUGAGGAAAUUGGAAGGGGAACGUUUGGGGUAGUGAAGCGUGUAGUCCACAGAAGGACAGGUGAAGUCUUUGCUGCUAAGUUCCUGCCUUUGCGGAGCAGCACUCGUACGAGGGCCUUCCAGGAGAGAGACUUGCUCUCUCGUCUGGCUCAUCCCAGAGUGGCCUGUCUGCUGGACUUCUUUUGCACCAGACGCACUCUGGUCCUGAUCACAGAAAUCUGCUGUUCUCAUGGACUUCUGGACCAUUUAUUGCUGAGAGGAUCAGUUUCAGAGAAAGAGGUUCAGUCAUACAUCCAGCAGAUCCUUGAAGGUGUUGGUCACAUUCACAGUAUGAACAUCUUGCAUCUGGACAUUAAACCUGAUAAUAUCCUAAUGGUGUAUCCGCCCAGAGAUGAGAUUAAGAUCUGUGACUUUGGCUUUUGCCAAGAAAUAGACACAUCCAGACAUCAGUAUAGCAUGUUUGGUACACCAGAGUUCAUUGCGCCUGAGGUUGUACAUCAAGAACCAGUCACUGUGGCCACUGAUGUUUGGGCUGUGGGUGUUAUAGCCUAUCUAUGUCUGGUGUGUCGAUGCCCUUUUGUGGGUGAGACGGACCGUGCAACACUGCUGAGAGUCGGGGAGGGGACCCUGAACUGGGAUGCCCCUGAUGUCACGUACAGGAGCCCCGAGGCCCAGAGCUUUCUCCGCCUGGUCCUUCAGCCAGAUCCAGAGAAGCGACCGUCUGCCUUCGAGUGCUUGAGCCAUGAAUGGUUCCAGGACGAACAUGCAGGAGAAGAUACUGAUGAAAUCAACACAAAGAGUUUGAAAGGAUUUAUCUCAAAAUCAAAAUGGCAGCGUUCUUUGACUUGCAUUGGGUCAGUUCUCACAUUGAGGCCUGUCCCCGAGCUGCUGGACGCUCCUCUCAGAGAGACUGCAGUGACAGUUCCUCGUGAGCUCCAGGAACACAGCAGCACCUCUCUGAGCAGUGGCUCAUCAUCUGAGUAUGAUGAAGCUGACUCUUGGGACUUUUUCCAGCGCUAUAGCCCGACUGAGGAGGAGGAAGAAACCGAGGAGGAUUAUGAUCCUUUAAUGGAGAGAGCACAGAUCCCCGAACCUUUUGCCAGACUCCACCUACAUGCAGAGGAGGAGGAGGAGGAAGUGACAUUAGGCGAGGAAGAGGAUGGGGAGGUGGUAGGAAGGAGGAGUGUAUUAGAGCGGAGUAUGAGCAGGCAGUCAGUUGCAUCUUCAGAUGUAUCGUGCCAACAGACACCUCAGAGGGAGCGUAGGUUCAGCAAGGACAGCAGUCCAUCUGUCAACCUAUCUGACUGGGAUGAGGGUUCAGGAAGUGAUGGAGGUCGUAUCCCUCGGGGAAGCGUCAUCCGAAGCACUUUCUAUAACACCUCUCAACAGCUUUCACCCAUGUCCGCCCGACACAUGUCAUUACGGGACAAAUUCCAGGCCAAAAAGCAGGAGAGAGGCCGCAAGCCCCUCAGGAGGAGCUUUUCAGGACGCCUCAAUGAGCCUCUUAUUGAAUAUGUGGAGGAUGAGACAGAAACUAACCGUGGCCAGAGACGGGGAUCUAUCCAGCCCACAAUGCAGAAAUCCUGCUCCUUUGACAGUGGAGUUGGCCUCAUCCACGGCAACGUACCCCCUCACAGGAGGAGCAGGUCCCUUGAUGAGUAUUCACGUCGGUCUCCCAGCUCACCCAAGCGCACAAAGCCGGGUGAAGAAGAAGGCUCUCAAAGUCUGAAGGAAGACUUUACAGAUGAUGAAGUGACAGGGAGAAACUUGUUAUCCAUCCCGAGCCCACAGCGACCCACAAGAAGAAGAGGCUCCAUUGCUCCCAUACAUGGGACUCGCACACCUGAUGGAACAUCUGUUCCCUCAGAUGUCCUUGCUGGAGACAGAAUGAGCACCAGGCUGGAUCAGGAGCAGCCAGAGGGAGAUACCUUUGCUGGUUCCCAGGGAUCUCUGACUGAGUCGUCUAUUUUGGAGCAUGGCGGCUCAGAGUCUUCAAGCAGACUCGGCUCUUGUGAGGAGCUGAGUCAUGGUCAUCUCAGAGAAAGAUACAGAUCAGGAGAGAGUGAGGGGUAUGAUGAUCAGGGGGAGCCUCUGAUUUCAUCAUCCCCCCACUCAUUCCAAGAAGUUAAACCCAGAGGCUCGUUUCCCCAGGCACCACCGCGUAACCGCACCCGCUCCAACCCCAACUUAUCCACAAACAGCAGAGGUCAACCAGGGGGCCUGCUAACUCCGAGCCCCAGUCCUAGCCUCUCCUCUCUCCAGGCUCCAGAGAGGCCUCCCAGAGCCAGGGACAAGAAGGAAGGCUACGGCCUCCAGAGGCAUGCAUCCGCCCCAGCCCUGGAAGCCCGACCACCCACAGGAAAGUCACCCAAGCUGGGAUUGCUGAAGAUUUUCCGCAGGCAGUCUUGGACUGGCCAUUCGUACUCUCAGCUAGAAAACACAGAGUUAGGACCCACCUUAGGAGAGAUUAUGAAGCCUGAUACACCCACUAUGUCUCUGAGGAAGAAAAUGAGAGCUUCAGCCUCCAGCCUGACCAAGCUGUUUUCCAGAUCUUCCAGUAAAGAGGAUGUGAGUAAAGGAGGGCCAAUAGUAAAAGGAUCAGCUCCCAUCCCACCUGAAAGGGAACAUAGCACUGUUCCUGAGAGUCCAAAAAGGAGGACCUCCAAAAUCCUGCCUUCUUUCAAAAUACCUGCAUUCAAAAAGACAAAAGAUCUACCAGUCCGUCCCAACAAAGCUGAUGUGCUCCAGUUAGAUGGAGGCGGAGUCCUGCUGGUUUGGAGACCAAUCCAGUCUAGUGACCCUGUCACAUACUGUGUGCAGUACUGUACAGCUGGCGGGGAGUGGACGGUCCUGUCAGAGGAGGUGACCGACAGCUGUUAUGUGGUGAAGGACUUACCAAGAGGAGCGUCUUAUGUGUUCAGGGUGGGCUGCAUCACCAAGACAGGAGCAGGACCUUUCAGUGAUGCUUCAGCACCUGUUGUGAUGGCUACUCACCCUGAAGAGACUCAAGUUUCUCUCAUCCAGACUGAGACCUUGGGGUCAAAGGCUGCUGGAUCAGACCAACAAACAUCACAAAAGAGCUACAGCUUCCUCUCUGAGAUCAACAGGGGUCGUUUCAGUGUAGUAACCCUGUGCAGGGAUGUUGAGACCAGCCAAGUGUUUGGUGCCAAGAUCACCCCAUACCAGGCAGAGCAGAGACAGUUGGUGCUGAGGGAGUACCAGCUGCUGAGGAGGCUUCAUCACCCACACCUGGUGCAGCUGCACACUGCCUACAUCACCUCCCAUUACCUGGUGUUAGUAGAGGAGCUUUGUCCUGGCAAGGAGCUGCUCUACAGUCUGGCUGCAAGGGAUCUGUAUUCAGAGGCUCAGGUCGCAGAGCUGCUGGUUCAGAUUCUGAGUGCAGUCGACUACCUUCACAGCCGUCGAGUCAUCCACCUGGACCUGAAGUCUGACAACAUGCUGGUGGAUGACUGUAACCACUUGAAGAUUGUGGACUUUGGCUCGGCUCAGUCCUUCACACCUGGGCAGCCCUUGAACAUCGAGCACAUCCAGGGCCUGUCGGAGAGCAAAGACUGCCGCAGCAAAGUUUAUAUUGUCCUUCCUAAAGCUCCGGAAAUCCUGGAGGGUCAGGGUGUCGGGCCAGAAACUGAUGUUUGGGCUAUUGGAGUUCUAUCGUUCAUUAUGUUGAGUGCUGACAGCCCGUUCCAUGCAGAGCUCAGCUGGGAACAAGACAGAAACAUCAAGAAGGGGAAGAUCCAGUUUGGACGCUGUUACCCCGGUCUGUCAGAAGGAGCCUUAAACUUCAUGAAGAGCAGCCUAAAUAACAAAUCCUGGGGGAGACCCACUGCGGCCGAGUGUCUCCAGAACCCGUGGCUUCGUGCUCAUCGUGCACCACACAGAGGCCGACGCUCCAAGGUGUGUUUCUCCACAGACAAGCUUAAAGCUUACCUCAAGCAGGAGGAGGAGAAACGAGACUUGGUCCGCACCAAGCUUCAGGGUCCCUUCUUCCAGUAAGGCCACAGUGACAAAAAAGUGGGAUAUUAUUUCACCAGCAGGUUUACCUAGAUAAUAUGGAGCUUUAUAACCUGCACAUUUCCUUUCAGCUGUUUGGUCAGAUUUUUAAAAUCAUUUUAGUGUCUUUGGAUGAUGAAAAUGUGAUGCGUCUUAAUGAGUUUUCAAGGUUUUAAAUGAGAGUGCGGUGCAUUUUGUUUGCUUUGGUUUAUAUGGUGACAGAUCAGGGAUAAGGUUAAGUCUGUGCUAUGAGUGUGCACUGUUUGACAUGAGAAAGUUGUUUUGCUCCUCAGUAUCAGACUGCUGCACGUUCGGUCUGACAGUAAAACAUUUUUGACAGUAAAACAAAAUUGCUUUUCCUGUGCUCCACACAGAAUGCAGAUAUAUUUCAGAGUUAUAUACGGUGUUUUAUUUAAAUCUUUACAUGUUCUACUGCAAUGUAUAAAUGGGAAAAUUGAUUAGAUUUAUAGUUUUUAUUUGAUGCCUCUAAGUUUCAUAUUAAUAACAUAUUGGGUCAGCCACCCACCUGAAUGAGUUAGUGAAUGAAAGAUUAAUUAAACGGCACAAAAGUAGUCAGUCAUUGUCCUCACAUUCUUUAUUCAGUCUCACACACACAAACAUACAUGCAAAUGUUUUAAGUGUAAUAUACGUAAUGAUUUUAUUUCAGACUUCCUUCAUGUAAGCUUUGAAUAAUAUCCCGCAUGUGAGUACA